GGGGUGGCUCUGGGGCAUCCUGCAGUUGCUCAGUGACACUCAGGAGCAGAAGGACCCUUGGGAAAAAUCUACGCUUUCCCUUUGGCUUUAAAAUAUUAAGAUUUUACUGCUGGGAUUGAACGGGAGUUUAUUUGGAUUUAUUUUGUCACAGUGUGGCCCCUGAAAGACCCAUCGGGAGAUUGAAUUGAUUUAACUGCUGCGCCACUGGGUGCAGCCAUAUGUUUUGGCCAUCGAGUGUCUGGAUGUGUGAGAACUGGGGGAGCAAGAAGAGUGACUGACGAGAAGAGACAAAAUCUAACACAGCAUUUGUUUAUGGUGACACAAGAACUAUUCCAAGAUUGCAGCACCUCUCAUUUAAAUGAUCAACAAAGGAAUUGCUCAUUAGUUGAGCCUUUUGGAGCAAACAGUGAGCAUAUUUUCCUCCUGAUUUUUCUCUCAAGACAAGGAGACAUGUCGAGGCCCUCUUCCACCCAGACCACUCCUCAGUUCUACAGAGUCAGCGACAGAGAUCUCACCGAGAUCGAGCUGCAUUCUGUCGAUUCCAUCAACGACCUCCACCGAACACACCCCGAGCACAGCCACAAAGGAAUGAGGGCUCCUCGUCCGGUGUACACACCUUCGCCAAAUGGGAACAUUUACACCUGCGACACGACAGCUGCCAAUCAAAGAGGCCACCCAGGCAGCAAAUCCUGGCAGAGCCGACUGCAGGACAUGCUGACGCCAAGUUCAUCCCGGGCCUAUGCCAUGGGCUGCGCUAUCAUCACUUUGCUUCUGCUCACAGUGUUACUCAUUUUUUACUUCUUAGUCCAGCAGGGCGGCGCAAUACGGAUGCUGACGGAGGCGGUGAGAGAAAAAGAGGCUGCAGCCACAGAGCUGUCACUGCUGAUCCAAGAGCUGCACGCACUCAGGCACAACCUGACAGCCAAGAGAGCGACAGGAGGGACGUGAGGAAGAUAUGCACAGAAAACAAAACACCGACAGCGUUUUCAGAUUAUUACCGUAGAAAUAUGAGAUUGGAGUUUUCUGAAAAACAACUUCUAGGCUUACUAGGAUUAUUUGAGAAGGACUUUUAAAUAAAGCUUUUGUUUAAUGGUG